CAGUCUGCACACUGUCAGCAGGACGCCGCCUACUGCCAUCAGUGCUCUGCUGACGGAAUUGAAAGGGGGGAUCUUGAUGAACAUUGAAAGCCCCCGCCUGUGGCCAGGUGUGAUGGGUUUGUUCAGACGGUCGUCCAGCUCGGAGGCCCCGCCCACCCUCCUCAGGCUCUCACCCCUCAGGCAGAGCGUGGGCGCCGGGACCUCGCACGCCCACACGCACUACUACAGGACACAUGCCGCGGGGGGGACCGAGAGCCCGGUGUUGCGUCGUCUGCACCACCGCCGCGCAUCUUCCGUUGAUCCGGCGCCCAGAGAGAAAGGGUCGCCGAGGUUCCGCCGCCGCGUGGAGAGCCAGUGGUCGUCGCUGGUUUCUCGAUGGCGCAACAUCGGCUCGCCCGCCCGCCACGUGGUCACGCCCACGCCCGACCACGAGGGUCUCGUGGGCGGCGGCGACCGUGUGCACAUGAUGCGAUGGCCCGCUGCACGCCAUCAGGUCUCGCCUGGGUCGAGGGCGGUCACGGCAGACCCGCGCCAUGUCGCUCUGCGAUGCGGACGACGAGUGGGCGGCGCCCAACCGCCAGUGGGUGGACUCGCGGGCGGUGCUGGAGUGGGCGCGAAGGUGUGGCGAGCGCGACGACGAGCAGGACUCGGGCGUGACGGUGAGCGACAACGACGAGGCCUUCCAGCGCGGGCGGCUCCUCCUGCCACGACGAGGCCUUCAGCGAGACCUGCAGCGACACCUUCCCCGCCAGCGACAGACACGACGACGCCGCGCCCCACCCGGGGGACGUCGUGCCCCCUCCCCCGCCCAGGGACCCCUCGCCCUCGGGGGAGUUCUCUCACAGCUGCUCGACGCCGCUCUCCUCGCCCUACGCCUCGCAGCCGCAGCCCCACAGCCCCGCGCAGCCCCGCCGGGAGCCUGCUCAGCCGGGCCUGCACCAGCCCAGGAUCGUCGCCGACCACGUCAUAAAGAUGGACACGCGCGACCUGCACGGGGGGGCGGCGUGGCCACCAGGGUGGGGGGGCGGGCGAGGAUCUCCUCGUGUGUGGACUCGUGCAUCUGGGAGGAGCCGCCCCCGCUGGACCUGCGACCUCCCGCCCACACGCCCGCCCACACGCCCAGUCACUCCCCCGCCCACUCCCCCGCCCACCGCACCACCACCCUGGACCGCCACAAGCACCAGGGGCGCCGAUCCCCGCCCACCCCGACCUCCCUGACACUCGGAAGGGCCGGCCUGCGGAGCACCGCCACGUCCCCCUCCGACGCCGAGGACAGACUCAAGCUCCAGCGACUCAAGUGCUCGCUGGACACCUCGACGGACGGCGCGCCCAAAGCGCCCCUCACGCCCACCGGCGAGCACAACAAGUCUACCUCCAGCCACGAGGACGAGGACGCAGACAAAACGGACGGCCAGCCCAGCUUCUGCACGUUGCCCCGCCAGAAGAGGGAAGUCACCUUCCAGAUCCGGACGGUGGUGUUCGAGAAGGGCCCGGGGCACCGCUCGCUCGGCUUCAGCAUCGUCGGGGGCACAGACUCCCCGCGCGGCUCCAUGGGCAUCUUCGUCAAAACGGUGUUCCCCCAAGGACAGGCCGCCUCCUCAGGCGCUCUGCAGGAAGGUGACGAAAUCCUGGCAAUCAACGGCAAGCCCCUGCACGGCAGUUCCCACAAGGAGGCCAUCCUGGCUUUCAAGGAGAUCAAGCAGGGCAAGGUGGUGCUGCACAUCGGCCGCAGACGGAAGAAGAAGGCCGUCGCUCACCAGUGAUCUGCGAGAAAGACGUCUCACAAGCAGUGAUCGUGUCUCCCUUCCAGCUGUGACGGCGCCCAGUGAGCUGCUGUGGCGCUGUCUGUGGCUAUGACCGAGCAUUAUCUCGCGUCCUCCUGCAGCGGUCUGCUGUUUGUCCAGCAGUCGGAACUGCUGCUUUCUCUGAUGAUGGCAGCGGCGGCAGUUGGUCCGUUUGCAGUCCGCCUCUGGUGCUAUCUGAUAGUACUUCUCGUCCUCUCGGUAUUGGCGGUGAGCGACGUGCUGGCGUGUGCAGUUUGGUGGCAUCAGACAACCAUCAGCAGUGGGAUCUAGGGACCGAGUAACCAAGAAAAGGACCUCCAUCUCUGAGUGCCAAGUUAACGGUGCGGUUCGAGCUCCGGCGCGGAUGGUGGUGUUAGGAACCAUUCCGCUGGGAAGCCAUGUUUCAGAAAUGCCUUGACGACUUUCGAGUUUGAAAACAAGAUGAAUAUUUAAGAGAGAAUACGUACAGAGGAACACUGACUUCGUAAAAUCAAGCUGUCGGUUUUUGUUGGAGCCAUAGCAUGAAGUUGUGUGUGCCUGAUGACGGUCGUCAGCUUGGGUCGAAGCGUGGCUUCGUGCUCAUUAGAAUAUCAGUUUUAAUCUGAAUAUUUUUCAUUCGUUUUAUUAUUGUUAUUUUGUUAGUCACUUAAGAAUAUUUAUGAUUUUCCCUUCUCGGUCGUCUCUUUGGAUCUCGUAAACCAGAUCAGGUUAAUGUAGUCCAGAAGCUUAAAACUAAACCUGAGAGUAAUCAGACCUCCGUUGGCCCCCGUGCUGCUAGUGUUAACUCUUUCGUUGUAUGCGCCGCCAACCCACGUCCACAGUGCAGAUGGGCCGCAGUCACACACCAACAGUUAACGUAACAACAAGCGUUCGACCUACAUUUUACUUAAAUGCGAGAUAGUUUAAACAUAUGUAAGGUUCUACGUUCCCAAAUUGGUCUUGUAAAAAGUGAGAGAGACCGCGUGGCCCAACCAUCCCGACCCAAGAGUGUCGCCCAAGCAUGGCCAGGUGGGUUCCAAACUGCAGCAUAGAAUGUGUAGUCACUUAGGCUCUAUGAAACACCGAGCUGUAAGACGGCCUAAGGCUGCCUCCUUCCUAGUCGACAGAGCAGAAGUGUAACCUUUUAUAAUUCUGUAUUAAUAAUAACUUGCUGUAUAGACUUUACAGUUCUGAAAGGUUCUUUGUUUUAAAGGAACAUUUUUUUUCAUUUCUUGUACAUUUUUAUUGUGAUAAAAUUGAAAUAUUUAGUUCUUUCAUUAUCGCAAGCUAUUGUAAUCUUAUGUUAAUAUACCAUGUAAUCCUUGUGAUAUAAAUGUAAAG